UGUAUUUAUAGUAGGAGAUUAGAGUUCUUCGUUGUCAGUCCAUUCGGGGUGUUGAAGAGAGAGCAGGAGAAAGAGAAAGGCAAACAGAGAGGGGGAGAGAGAAAGAAAAAGAGACGUAGAGAGAGCGCGAGUGAGAUAGAGAGACAGAGAGAGAGAGAGACGUUAGAGAUAGAGAGCGAUACACACAGAAGGAUAUUGUGGAGGAGGCAGUUUGAUUGAACCCAAAGGUUUAAACCAGAAACAUCAUGUCUUUCGCCUCCAGCUCCAGCACCUCCAGCUCUUACAGGAGGACGUUCGGUGGGAACGUGAUGAGUUCCCCCCAACUGUCCAGAGCUUCGUACUCCAGUGGGCGCUUUGGGGGGGGCAGCAACGCGGCCUCCAGGGUGGUGAUGUCUAAGACCACCACUGGGUCACUGCCCAGCUACACCAGCUUCCGUGCCAAGGCUCCGGUCAGGAGCUACGAGGUGGUGGACUUCAACCUGGCAGACGCCCUCAAUCAGGAGUUCCUCCAUACCAGGACCAACGAGAAAGCAGAGAUGCAACACCUGAACGACCGCUUUGCCAGCUACAUCGAGAAGGUCCGCUUCCUCGAGCAGCAGAACAAGAUGCUGGUGGUGGAGGUGAACAAGCUGAAGGGGCAGGACACGGGCCGGGUGGGGGACCUGUACGAGCAGGAGAUGAGGGAGCUUCGCAGGCAGAUCGAGGCGCUGACCAACGAGAAGGUCCGGGUGGAGGUGGACAGAGACAACUUGGCCGAUGAUCUGCAGAAACUCAAACAGAGGUUACAGGAGGAAAUCCAGCUGAAGGAGGAUGCCGAGGGCAACCUGGCAGCGUUCAGACAGGAUGUGGAUGCUGCCACCCUCGCCCGCAUUGACCUGGAGCGUCGCAUCGAGUCCCUGCACGAGGAGAUCGCUUUCCUGAAGAAAAUCCACGAGGAAGAGUUGAGGGAGCUCCACAUUCAGCUCCAAGAGCAGCAGGUCCAGGUGGAGGUGGACAUGACCAAGCCAGACCUCACCGCUGCCCUGAGGGACAUCCGCUCCCAGUAUGAGACCAUCUCAGCCAAGAACGUGCAGGACGCUGAGGAGUGGUAUAAGUCAAAGGUGGCGGAUCUGAACCAGACGGCUGUCAAGAACAAUGAGUCAGUGAGACAGGCCAAACAGGAGGCCAUGGAAUACCGUCACCAGAUCCAGACCUACACCUGUGAGAUCGAUGCCCUCAAAGGCUCUAACGAGUCCCUGAUCAGACAGAUGCGGGAGUUGGAGGAGCGCUUUGGCCACGAGGCCGCUGGCUACACCAACACCAUCGCUCGGCUGGAGGAGGAGAUCCGCCACCUGAAGGACGAGAUGGCAAGGCACCUGCGGGAUUACCAGGACCUGCUCAACGUCAAGAUGGCCCUGGACGUGGAGAUUGCCACCUACAGGAAGCUGCUGGAGGGAGAGGAGAGCAGGAUUACUCUCCCGGUGCAGACCUUCUCAUCGCUGAGUUUCCGAGAGACCAGCCCAGAGCAGCCCCGUUUCUCUGAGGUUCACACCAAGAAGACCGUCACCAUCAAAACCAUUGAGACGAAGGACGGAGAGGUGAUCAGUGAAUCCACACAGCAACAGCAGCAGGAACUGCCUUAGAGCCCCCGCCCCGGGGGGCGAGGGAUGGAGAGGGGGGGAGAGAGACCCAGCGAGGGGGCCGAAAGUCAACGUAUCCCCUUCACCCAGCCCCGACCGACUGACUGACUGACCGACAGCCCACACGCCACCCAUCAGUGCCUCCGAGUCGCUCACUGUAAACUCCGUCACCUGAUGACAACACUGUAAUGUCAUGUAUCACUAGUCUGUAACGGUAGCCAGUAAUACUGGCUGUAAUGUCAUGUAAUACUGACUGUAAUGUCAUGUAAUACUGACUGUAAAGUCAUGUAAUACUGGCUGUAAUGUCAUGUAAUACUGACUGCAAUGUCAGGUCAUAACGGUCUGUAAUGUCAUGUAAUAAUGGACUGUAAUGUCAUGUAAUACUGAUUGUAAUGUCAUAUAAUAAGGGACUGUAAUGUCAUGUAAUAAUGGACUGUAAUGUCAUGUUAACACACACGUAGCCCUGGCUGACGAGUCUCACUGAUAAAAACCAAACACGAGGAGGGAAUGGAAUUAAAGCAAAAUAUAUUUCA